AUGUCUUGGGACCAAACUACAUUUGCGCUUUCGCCCCGCUCCAAAGGAUGCUACCUUGUCACUGACGAGGUCGUCAGAAAUGUUCCUCAGAUAAAGAACUAUAAGGUGGGUCUCUUGAACCUUUUCCUUCAGCACACAUCCGCUGGAUUAACUCUUAACGAGAACUGUGAUCCAGAUGUCAGAGAAGAUAUGACAACGUCCCUCGACAGAAUUGCUCCAGAGGGCGAUUUUUACAUUCACGCUGACGAGGGACCUGACGAUAUGCCUGGCCAUGUUAAGAGCAGUACCGUUGGUGUCAGUCUUACCAUCCCAAUCCUGAACGGAAGAUUAGCAACUGGAACUUGGCAGGGUGUUUGGCUCUGUGAGUUCAGAAGAUACAAGCAUAGCAGAAAGAUUGUUGCCACGAUCCAAGGCGAAAAAAAGUGA